AUGGCAGAAAGAAAGGAAAGCCAAGGAGGACUACCAUUAAGCAAACGUAUCAAAAAGCAUAAUCCGAUCAAAUUACAAACUUUUGGAGAGCUAACAAAGGGAUUGUUAAAUUUUCAAGAAUUGACAGCAACAACUACUCCUGUUAGUACUGCAAGAACUGCUGUUAGUGAAGCAGAUAGUGGCCCUAUUGAGGAUGUCAAGCCAUCCCCAGCCAGUAUAAAAUUAAGAGAACAAGAAAGGAAUAUUUCCAAUAAAUUGACACAAAUUAAGAGAAGACUAAGCCUACAGAAAAGCCUUGAAACCGCUCAGAGACUAAUAGCGAAUAUCUAUCAGCAACCCAAUUAG